CAACGGCUGCUUGGUCGCAAACUGUCCUUCGCUAUCACCAUCCCAUGCGCUUAGGAUCUAGUUCUUGAGGCUGGAUCGAAGUCGCAAACAUGAGGGUCACAGAGAUUGUCAUUGAUGGCUUCAAAUCGUACGCUGUGCGUACAGUUAUCUCAGGGUGGGACGAGUCAUUCAACUCCAUCACUGGGCUCAACGGCAGUGGUAAAUCGAAUAUCCUGGAUGCCAUCUGUUUCGUUUUGGGAAUUACGAAUAUGUCAACCGUUCGUGCGCAAAACCUUCAGGAUCUCAUUUACAAGCGAGGUCAGGCUGGUGUCACCAAGGCUAGUGUGACAAUUGUCUUCGAUAACCGGGAUACCGCCAAAUCGCCAAUCGGAUUCGAAGAGUAUGCUACCAUUUCAGUUACUCGCCAGAUCGUCCUCGGAGGCACCAGUAAAUACCUGAUCAACGGCCAUCGUGCUCAGCAGCAGACAGUACAGAACCUCUUCCAGAGUGUCCAACUGAACAUCAACAACCCAAACUUCCUGAUCAUGCAGGGUCGAAUUACAAAGGUCUUGAAUAUGAAGCCCGUGGAAAUUUUGUCUAUGAUUGAGGAAGCGGCUGGCACGCGUAUGUUCGAAGAUCGACGGGAGAAGGCGGUUAAAACAAUGUCCAAGAAGGAAUUAAAAUUGCGGGAAAUCGAAGGUUUAUUGAAGGAGGAGAUUGAGCCUAAGCUGGAGAAACUUAGAGCUGAGAAGCGAGCUUUCCUUGAUUUUCAGCAAACGCAGAACGACCUGGAGCGGCUGACCCGGCUGGUGGUUGCUCAUGACUACCUUCGAAGCGGAGAGCGGUUGCGAGUGACGGGCGAGGAAUGCGAGACCAAAGGACGCAAGAUGCAAGCGCUCGAGGAGAACGCCGCCAAGCUCAAGAACGAGAUCUCCCACUUGGAAGAGGAUGUGAAACGGGUCAGAGCUGCUCGUGACAAGGAAUUGCGAAAAGGAGGCAAAUUCCAGGCUCUAGAGAACGAGGUCAAGUCGCAUUCGCACGAAUUAGUCCGACUGACCACGCAAUUGGACCUUAAGAACGCCAGCGUCUCAGAAGAGCAAGAGAAGCGAGAAACAGUCAAAAAGACCGUCAAGGACCUUGAGAAAGUUCUCAAGGAGAAGAGGGAGAUCUACGACAAACUGCAGGCUGAAUAUGAUGCCGCAAAAUCUGAACUCGACGCCCAGACGGCCGAAGUCGAACAAAAGGAGGAACUGCUUCAGACAUUACAGACCGGCGUUGCAUCCAAGGAAGGUCAAGAAAGUGGGUAUCAAGGGCAGCUACAGGAUGCCCGUAAUCGCGCCAGUGCAGCGGCAACCGAACAAGAGCAGGCCAAGCUUAAGAUCGCUCACCUGGAAAAAAGAAUCAAAGAGGAGGAGCCUCGAGCCAAAAAGGCAAAACAACAAAACUCCGGACUCCUCGACGAACUGGAAGGCUUAAGGGCUCAAGCGAAGAAGCUGGAAGCAGAGCUCACAAGGCUCGGCUUUGAGCCUGGAAAAGAAGAGCAGAUCUACCAAGAGCAGUCGGAACUGCAAAGAGACAUUCGAGAUUUGCGCGAGAGAGCCGACGGGCUCAAGAGAAAAGUGGCAAACGUCGACUUCACCUACACAGACCCCCACCCAAAUUUCGAUCGAUCCAAGGUCAAGGGCUUGGUUGCUCAGCUCUUCACCUUGGACAAGGACAAGAUUCAGGCCGCCACUGCCCUGGAAAUUUGUGCCGGAGGCCGUCUUUACAACGUCGUUGUCGACACUGCGGAGACUGGCACACAGCUCCUUCAGAAUGGCAAACUGCGUAAGCGUGUGACAAUCAUUCCUCUCAACAAGAUCUCCUCUUUCAGAGCUUCUGCGGAGAAGAUCGGGGCAGCACAGAAUAUCGCGCCGGGCAAAGUGGACCUCGCUCUGUCUUUAAUCGGUUACGACGAGGAAGUCACGGCGGCGAUGAACUAUGUCUUUGGCAAUACCUUGAUAUGCCAGGACGCGGAUACCGCCAAGAAAGUGACGUUCGACCCGGCUGUCCGAAUCAAGAGCGUCACGCUCGAGGGAGACGUCUAUGACCCAUCCGGAACGCUGUCUGGUGGUAGCUCACCCAAUUCCAGUGGUGUUCUUGUCACCCUUCAGAAGCUAAAUGAGAUUACACGGGAAAUGAGAAGCAAGGAACGGCGUCUCGCAGCCUUAGAAGACACCAUGAGGAAGGAGAAAAAGAAACUCGAUACUGUCCGCGCUAUCAAACAGGAGUUGGACCUCAAGAGCCACGAAAUCAAGCUGACAGAGGAACAAAUCAGCAAUAACUCGUCCUCAUCGGUAGGGUUGCCCAACUGGGAUUUGACUAGAAGCUAUUCUGACUUUGGGACAGAUUAUUCAUGCUGUCGAGGAAAUGAAAUCAAACAUCGAGCAGCUGAAAAAGGACAUCUCUGACGCAAAAUCUCGUCAAACCGAGGCAAUGAAGGACAUCAAGCAGAUCGAGAAGGACAUGAGUGAGUUCAAUAACAACAAGGAUAGCAAGCUG